CGGCGCCGGCGGGGCCGGAGAGGGCGGCGCGGCCGAGCCUCCCGUAGCCUCGGACGCUCCUCCUAGCCGGCCGCCGCCGCCGCCCACCUCCGCCUCCCACGCCCGGCCCGGCCCGGUCGCCACUUCCGGCCGCUCUCCUGGGACGCGCUCACUGCGGACGCGCUCACCUGCCUCGGGCGCCUGGGCACCAGGAUGAAGGACCGGCUGGAGCAGCUGAAGGCCAAGCAGCUGACACAGGAUGAUGAUGCCGAUGAGGUCGAGAUUGCCGUUGACAACACAGCCUUCAUGGAUGAGUUCUUCUCUGAGAUCGAGGAAACUCGGCUCAACAUUGACAAGAUCUCUGAGCAUGUAGAGGGGGCUAAGAAACUCUACAGUAUCAUUCUGUCUGCACCAAUUCCAGAACCAAAAACCAAAGAAGACCUAGAGCAGCUCACGACUGAAAUCAAGAAAAGGGCCAACAACGUCCGGAACAAACUGAAGAGCAUGGAGAGGCACAUUGAAGAAGACGAGGUCCGCUCGUCUGCAGACCUUCGUAUUCGAAAAUCCCAGCACUCUGUCCUCUCCCGGAAGUUUGUGGAGGUGAUGACCAAAUACAAUGAGGCUCAAGUGGACUUUCGUGAACGCAGCAAAGGGCGAAUCCAGCGGCAGCUCGAAAUCACCGGCAAGAAGACCACAGAUGAGGAGCUGGAGGAGAUGUUGGAGAGUGGAAACCCUGCCAUCUUCACUUCUGGGAUCAUUGACUCUCAGAUUUCCAAGCAAGCCCUCAGUGAAAUCGAGGGACGGCACAAAGACAUCGUGAGGCUGGAGAGCAGCAUCAAGGAGCUCCAUGACAUGUUUAUGGACAUCGCCAUGCUGGUGGAGAAUCAGGGCGAGAUGUUAGAUAACAUAGAGCUGAAUGUCAUGCACACAGUGGACCACGUGGAGAAGGCACGGGAUGAAACUAAAAAAGCCGUGAAAUACCAGGGGCAGGCCCGGAAGAAGUUGAUAAUUAUCAUUGUGGUAGUAGUUGUGUUGCUGGGCAUUUUAGCGUUGGUUAUUGGACUUUCCGUUGGGCUGAAAUAAGGGCGGCCCAAGAGGCUGCUGCACUGAAAUAGCCUGAUUCUACUCCAGCCUGGUGUGGCCACCUUGUCUUCAGAUGGGAAUGGAGUUUGAAUGGCCUUCCCGAAAGAGGAUGGGACCCAUUUCUUUGUUUCCUGUAACCAUCCUUGGACCUGACGCAGCAAACCAUCUAGCCCCGGAGGAGUCUAAUCUACCUGAUGCAACCCUGAGUUUUCCUCAAAACCUGCAGUCUGAACCAGCCUGGCUUCCCUUUUUUCCCUCUACUGUGUCAAAUUUUUGCCUUGCACCUUGGAAAGCCAAUUAUUCAAAAUCUUUCCAAGGUGCUGUAUUUCUACCUCAUGGACUGUCAUUCUUCUCCCAGAAAUUGAAUUUUAUCUUUCUUAGGAGGGUUUCUUUAACAAAGCAAAGGGAUUCUUUCCAACAGUAAGGUUUGGACUUGAGUCUUCUACCUGGCAGGUUCCCAGUCCUCACAGUUCGUUGUCCCUGUGUCCUGAAAAUAUGAGGGAUUGGCAGAUGUUAUUUUGGUCUGAGAGCUGACUUGCUUGAAAUUCAGCCUUAAAUGAAGCUCUUAGUAUAUUUAGGUUAGUGGCCAACUUCACUAUUUGUCUGUGUUGUAUUCUCUCAUGUUUACUGUAGGUGGCGCCAGUGUGAUGCAAUCAUCUGAGGUUACCAUUUAUGUAGGCUGAGGAGAUGGGAUAUUUGUUUUCAUGGCUGAGUCUUGGAAACUGGUUGCCCAUUGUUAAGGGUGAUGCUUUGUGAAGCCACUGCCUUGAAGCCAAAUAUUUUUUACUUAAAAAAAUGUUUGGCAUUUAACAUUGAGCCAGGAACAAGGUGCUUGAGUCUUUGGCUCUGGAAAUGUUUCAGACUGGUGCCAGCACUCCGUCACUCAUUUCAUGUGUUCCAGGUAAAUUUUUAUAAUUGGCUGAUGCAUAUAUCUCUUCAUGUGUCUCUCAUGAAGUAGGAAGCUAGAAGUGGAGAAUGUAACCUCAAAAAACAAACAACACACACACACACACACACCCCACCAAAAAUAAACAAAACCCAACAACCUCGAGCUAGGCCAAAAAUUAGGUAAGAGACAUUGCUUACCUGCAAAUGAGUCAUAGUAGAAGUAGGAUCUUUCCAUGUCAUGGAGAAGCCUGCUGGUUCUGGAUGAUGACUGGGAGAAUCAUAGGUCUUUGGGGGAGGACUAAGUUGAUCUCCCUUAAGUUUUUUCUGGUUAGCAGAUAUGUGGGAAGUUUUGAAACCUUUCACUAUCUGCUGCCUAGGCUAGGCUUGCCCCAGAGCAAUUUGAUAUCAUUUGUGUGACCUCUGGAAUGUCCUGUCUCCAGGGCCCAGUCUGUUGGGAGACACCAGGAACUUCCCUGGUAGCUCUUCCUUCUAUCAGGUUAAUAAGCUUGACAGGUGCUUUGUCUCCCAUAAUCUCAUCAGUGAGGAAGCAAUAGCUGGGAAAUUUUCAAGUGUCAUGACUGUGCUGGCCCAGUUUUGAGCCUCUUAGAUUCCCUGCUGGUCUCUGCCAUCUAUCUGAUUUAUACUUCAGCAUUGAUUUUAAUGCUUUCUAGGGCAGGGCGAGCACCCUCAUCCAGGCACUGCCCAUUGGCUUCCUUUGUAAAGCUAUUUCCAGUCAUCGUCCAGCACUCAGACAGAGCCAAGGGGAUGCCUCUUGCCCAUGGCUAUGAAGUUGAAGUGGACUGGCUCUAACAGCAAGGCCAGACAAGCUCUAAUCACAGGCUUUUGCUCUCCUGAGAUUGAGGUCUGGGGCUUAUAGUUUGGAAUACAAUAUAAGUGAAGGUUUUUGUUGUUGUUUGUAUUUUUUAAAAAGUACACAUGAUUAUUUUAUUGCUAUUUAAAAAUAAAUGACUUUAUAUUGAUUGUGAAA